GUUUUCUGGUCCACCGAAUGGUUCCGGACACUGUAUGAGUGAAUGUCUUUCUACAGCCACGACUAUCAUGGGCUUAACACCGACUCCCCCAAUCAGCACCAAGGACCAGGACACGCCAGUCUACUCAACAUCCAUCCUGCCCACCGAGCUCCUCAUCGAAAUCUUCAUCUUCGCUGUCCGUGGCAACCCCGACACCCUCGCAGCACUCACGCUCUCCAAGGUCUGUCACCUUUGGCGCGACACCAUUGACAUCAGCCCGCGCAUUUGGCAGCAUGUCACUGUACGCGAUACAGGGCACUCGGACAAGUUCAUCGAUGCUCAGGCCCAACUUUGGGUUCAGCGCUCCUUCCCUCUCCAAUUCAGCCUCGAGCUGCAUCUCACCGACUUUCAGCGACUCCUCUCCAUACUCUCCUCCUAUCUCUGUCAUCUCGACAGAUGGAGACUAUGCAAGAUAGAGUACGAGAACCGCAUAUUCCUCAUCAGCAUGCCCCUCCUCGCUCGCAAGCGCAGGCCUUUACUCCGGCACCUUGAACUUCAGCUCCGCGAACCGUUCGACGACGUGAACAACAGUGACGGGGGCAAUGACGAGUCUAUUUUCUACUCCGACGGUGCACCCUACAUCUCAAUGCACAUCCCUAUCAGCCAGCUUCCCUCCAGCAUUCCCUUCCGUACCCUCGGCUUCUCCUCCCUCGACAUCACCGAAGCAUCCCUCGACCACGCUGUCUCCUCCCCCGACCUCCUUGCCUUCCUCCGCAGCUGCCCCAUGCUCGAAACCUUCGCCUACCAUGGGUCCUCUUUCGCCGAAGACAUUCUCCCCGUCUCCCCGCCGAUCAUCGUCCUCCCGCACCUCGAGAAACUCCUACUCCACACCGUCUGCAACCAGCGCGCGAUCCUCUCCUCCCUCUGCGCGCCCCUCCUGCGCGAGCUCCGCCUCAAGCACAUGAACGUCGACUACCCCCUCCCCGCCUACCACGCCGUCGAGCCCGGCGACUCGGACGACGAAGCCGCCGACUUCUCCCAGUCCCCGUCGAGCGACCACCACACCGGGAUGGGCCUGCGCGCGUUCCUGACGCGCUCGCGGCCCCCGCUCGAGGUGCUCGACAUGUGCUUCGUCGAUAUGCGCACCAAGGACUUCCGCUGGAUGUUCGAGCGCCUCCCGCGCCUGCGCUACUUCUCCAUCGAGGGCUCGGACAUGUCGGACAAAGUCAUCGCGCUCUUCGCGCCCUUCAGGGUGUACCGCUCCCCCACGGUGUCGCCGGGCGCCUCGCCGUCUACUGCGCUGGCCGAGCUGGAGCCCCGCUACGCUGUGCGCUUGCCGCGCCUCGCGAUCCUGAAACUGUUCAGCUGCCAACAGUGCUCUGGCGAGAGCAUGGUCGACGCGAUCACCCGUCGCGUGCGGUUCAUGGACUCGGCGAUGCCGAACAACUCCCUCGUCCACGUCGUUAUCGCGAACUGCCAGAGCUUCACGACGCGGAACGGCCAGGAUCUGGAAUGGGAGCUCGGGCAUCGGCUGCACUGGUCGCUGUAA